GUGGCGGAGAGGUGGAUGACACUGGGCCGAAUGGCGCGGGAGCCCCCACCCGACCAUACACACACACCUCCCUAAGGCGCAGGGCGAGCGCGGGGUCCCGGAGUGGAGGUACCAAGCAGUGGCUGGAGGCUGGGGGACUCAGAGAAAGGCACGCCCCCAGCAGCUGGAAGGAGACCACCUCCCUACACCAGCUAGUGGCAGAAAAAAAGCCAGCCUGGGCCCAGAGUCCCCUCCCACAUGGGUCUCAGUUUCCCUGGCUCUGAAACGGGCACAGCGAAGUUGACCUGCGAUCUGCAUUGUCCACUGCCUUGGCCUUUUGGAAAGCAGAGGACCACUGUGCCCAUGAGAGUCUGUAGGGUCAUGGCAUCUGCUGGGACUCCAUGUAUAUCCCUCAGGCAGUGGCAGGAAGCAGGCUCAAGGAUGAAGACAGAGAAGCCCUGGAGAGAAGUGGGUGCUCUGAACGCCGCUGUCUGCCCAGCAGCUUAGAUGGCAGGCAUGCCCCGGACACUGACUGCCUCCGACAUGGUCACCCCAGGCAGCCUCAGCCCGCCUCCCACGGAAUCCACAGAAGGAGAGCAGGCCGGCCAGCCCCUCCUGGACGGAGCUCCAUCCUCAGCCUCUCUGGACACCCUGAUCCAACACCUCGUGCCCACAGCCGAUUACUAUCCCGAGAAAGCCUACAUCUUCACCUUCCUGCUGAGUUCUCGUCUCUUCAUCGAGCCCCGAGAGCUCCUGGCUCGGGUGUGUCACCUGUGCAUAGAGCAGCAACAGCUGGACAAGCCAGUGCUGGACAAGGCCCGAGUCAGGAAGUUUGGUGCCAAACUGCUCCAGCUGUUAGCCGAGUGGACCGAGACCUUCCCACGGGACUUUGAAGAGGAGUCCACCAUCGGACACCUGACAGACGUGGUGGGCCGCAUCUCCCCGUGUGACGAGACCUACGGGAGCAGGGUGCACCACCUCCUGCAGACUCUGCACCAGAAGUUGGCGUCACUUGGCCAGGGACCAGAAAGCCUGGUGGGGGCCGACAAGCCCAUCUCCUACAGGACCAAGCCUCCAGCCUCCAUCCACAGGGAGCUCCUGGGUGUCUGCAGUGACCCCUACACGCUGGCCCAGCAACUGACCCACGUGGAGCUGGAGCGACUGAGGCACAUUGGGCCUGAGGAGUUUGUCCAGGCUUUUGUGAACAAGGACCCCCUGGCGGGCACAAAGCCCCGCUUCAAUGACAAGACCAACAACGUCGAGGCCUACGUGAAGUGGUUCAACAGACUUUGCUACCUGGUAGCCACGGAAGUCUGCAUGCCAGCCAAGAAGAAGCAGAGGGCACAGGUGAUCGAGUUCUUCAUUGACGUGGCCCGUGAGUGCUUCAACAUCGGCAACUUCAACUCCCUCAUGGCCAUUAUCUCUGGCAUGAACAUGAGCCCUGUCUCCAGGCUGAAGAAAACUUGGGCCAAAGUGAAAACAGCCAAAUUCUUCAUUCUGGAGCACCAGAUGGACCCAACAGGGAAUUUCUGCAACUAUAGGACAGCUCUGCGCGGGGCAGCCCACCGCUCACUCACGGCUCACAGCAGCAGGGAGAAGAUCGUCAUCCCCUUCUUCAGCCUGCUCAUCAAGGACAUUUACUUCCUCAAUGAGGGCUGCGCCAACCGCCUUCCCAAUGGGCAUGUCAACUUUGAGAAAUUUCUGGAACUGGCCAAGCAGGUUGGAGAAUUCAUCACUUGGAAACAAGUGGAAUGUCCUUUCGAGCAAGAUCCGAGCAUCACCCAUUACCUGUACACUGCCCCCAUCUUCAGCGAAGAUGGUCUGUAUUUGGCUUCCUAUGAAAGCGAGAGCCCAGAGAACCAGGCAGAAAAGGAGAGGUGGAAAUCUCUAAGAUCUUCUAUUCUGGGGAAGACAUGAGAAGCCCUGACACAGAGGAAGAGGAAACAGCGGAGCUGACACAGGCAGUCCCAACCCUGUCACAGACAGCCCAAUGGGUGGAGGUCGACGCAAAGCCUCAUUACUUUGCAAACCAGAUGCUGUGGCCUGGUACCUGCCACAAAGACCACAUGGGCACAGGAAACCUUUCACGGGACCUCAGCCCUGGCUGACUUGGCAGGGCCUCCAAGAGCAUGGGUGACAUGCCUUGGGCAAACAUUGCCUUUAUGACCAAGUGGGUCACAUAGUCAAUCUGUCCAUUCUGGACAGGGACACAGCACUACCCCGAUGGCUGGGUGACUGCAAUCACGUGAUCUUGUUGAGUGACGCGUGCUAUGGAGAGUAACAUCAGUCUGUCACCAGGUGGCUUGAGAGCCUCUGUAACUGCAGCAGGCAUCGUGGUGCAACAUGAGAUGUCCCUGCACCAGCUCCGAGCCCACACUAGCCCCUGGCAUUCUGCUGAGGGGCCCCAGUCCUGUCCCUCCCAGCAGACUUGUUUCUGCCGUCACCAUCUCCUUCUGCAUCCUGCUGGUAUCAGGAUAGCCCUCUGGCGACAGUGGUGAAGCAAGUCACUGAGAUAAACCAGAGUCUUGGAGUUGGCAAUGUGUAUAUUACAACCUGCUGCCUAGCUCCCUUGUAAACUUUAGAGUCGGAGUAAACACAUGUUUAUAUGCCCAUCCUGCAUAUGAGUGUCCAUAUGUCUAAUCCUUAGGCCCAAGAUGAGCUUCAACAGAGCAGGGUGUGGGGUACCCAGAUCAUCCCCGGCAAUGUAGUAAUACACUUUCAGAAUGGGAUGUGAAGCUAGAAGAUGGCUCUCUCAGUGAAGUACCAGUGUGAGCACUUGAGGUUGGACCCUGUGUAAAAGCCAGGUGUUGGUGGAGCACAUCUGUAGACCUGGUGUUGGGUGGGCAGAAAUGUGCAGCUCCCUGGAGCUUGCUAGCCAGCCAGUGACCAGUUGCUGAGCUCAAAUGAGAUCCUGUCUCUGUCCCUGCCUCCUGGCCACACAGACAACUUCAGGGGCCUGUGGGGAAUCCUUAGAAUUCUGAAAGGGUUCUGGCAGCAUCCAUCCAAGAUGGUCUUCUCUGCCUUCUGCAACUCCUCCCCCAGGCUCCCUGGGGUUUGGGGCAUGCAUCAACUCUUGGACCUUCAUUGUGCCCACUGACUUGUCUGCCUCUAGCCUUCCGUGAACUCUGCCCAAGUGUCGCUGUUUAUAGUGUACACUGACACAUUCCAAAGAUGUGACUUUGACAGGGUGUCAGUCACUGUUUAACCACUUGACAAAAGACUUGAAGAAGCUAACUUAAUGAGGAGGUCUGGUUGGGUCACAGGUCCAGAAGGCCAGGGACACGGCCCCUGAAUUGACUCAGCUCUGGGAAGUGCCUUGCCGUGACACAUGGGGCAGAUUGCAAUGUUGGAAGAUUACGAGAGUAAAGGAUU